AUGCACUCUUCCGCUUUGUCCCUCUCCAGAUGGGGCACCAUCUUCUCUGCAGCUUAUGUAGCUUCUGUAACUACCAGUAAUGUUAAUGCUCAUAUUGCCCCAAGAGCUACUCAGGCUCCUUCGUCCACAGCUGCUGCUGCGCCUGAAGUCACUGCCAUCACCGGCUGCCAUCUUCACGCCUCCGACCUGUACUGUUUUGCCGGUGAGACAGAGUACUUGGUGGAUAUCAAGGUUACUGCCACUACAGAUGUCCCCUCUCAGUACACUGACUGUCAUGCCCAUGGCUCCGAUAUGUUCUGUGUAGACUCGGAUGGUGAAGAUGUUGCUGUUCAAGCUGAGGGUGUUGAGUCAGAAGAGGAUCACGCCCAUGAGGAAGGCGAAGAAGAUCAUGAUCAUGAUCAUGACCAUGCAGGAGAAAGUGCAACUGGCACGGGGGCUGCCGCCGAAGAGACCGCAGAAGCUGACAGCAACGAGCACUGUCAUUUCCACGCUGGUGUUGAACACUGCACAGGUGGUGGUGGCCAUAGCCACGGCGAAUCUGAGUCUGGCGAGUCAGAGUCCGCUUCAUCCUCUUCAGCCUGUCAACCUCGAAAGAGAGAUUACAACAUCGGCCUCCGCGUUGGUCUGCUCUUUGUUAUCCUGGCCACGGGUGCCCUGGGUGUCUUUGGCCCUAUCCUGCUGCACAAGAUGAUGCCUAGCAAACUUAACCUGGUCCUUCUUGUCUUGAAGCAGUUUGGUACCGGUAUCAUCAUCUCUACCGCAUUUGUUCACCUUUACACCCAUGCGUUCCUCAUGUUUAGCAACCAGUGUAUCGGUGAAUUGGGCUAUGAAGCUACCACCUCCGCCCUCGUCAUGGCCGGUAUCUUCCUCUCGUUCCUCGUCGAGUACAUCGGCAACCGCAUAGUCCUUGCCAAGACAAAGGCCGCGGCUAGCCUCUCCGUGGCUCAGAGGAAGAGUGCAUGGCUAUCAACCGAGGUUGUCAGUGUCCUCGUUAUGGAGUUGGGUAUCCUGUUCCACUCGCUCUUGAUCGGGUUGACUCUCGUUGUAGCAGGUGAUGAGUAUUUUCUUACCUUGUUUGUCGUUAUCCUCUUCCACCAGAUGUUCGAAGGCAUCGCUCUUGGAAGCCGAAUCGCUACUAUUGGUACUGCCGCCGAUGUCCAUGCCCACGCUGUCGCCCGCCCCUCUCAAGAUACAUCAUCUGCCCAAGACUCGGACAAAGCUCCUCCUUCCACCGAAACUAUCUCUAACGAAGAGAUUGCUCCUGCUGGUCUGACCAUGAAGAAGAAGCUGGGUCUUGCUUCUCUCUUUGCUUUCAUCACUCCGAUCGGAAUGGCUAUUGGUAUUGGUGUUCUGCAGCAGUUCAAUGGCAACGACAAGUCCACCCUUAUCGCCAUCGGUACCCUCGACGCCGUCUCUGCAGGUAUCCUCAUGUGGGUUGGUCUCGUUGAGAUGUGGGCUGCAGACUGGAUGACUGGAGGUCAUGGUCACAAGGCUGAGCUUGCUGAGGCCAACAUCCUUACCACCAUUCUUGCUGGCUUAGGCCUUGUUGCCGGUCUAGUGGUGAUGAGCCUUUUGGGCAAAUGGGCAUAA